AUGGGGACAGACAAACCGGAAGAAAAGCACAGAUGUCCAACAUCACCGCAGCGAAAACGUAAGCUCCACCAGCAAGCCUCGAGCUCUCACAAGGCCGUGGAAGAUCAGAAGCUUAUAAACAAUAGUGUCGCAGAUAUUAUCCGGUCAUGUUUAGGACCAAAGGCUAUGCUGAAGAUGCUUUUGGAUCCUAUGGGAGGUAUCGUGUUGACAAAUGACGGCCAUGCCAUCCUGCGAGAAAUCGAGGUCUCACAUCCAGCGGCGAAGAGCAUGAUCGAGCUCAGCAGAACACAAGAUGAGGAAGUUGGAGAUGGAACUACGACUGUUAUUAUCCUGGCUGGAGAGAUGCUCGCACAAGCACUCCCCCAGUUAGAGCGAAAUAUCCACCCGGUUGUGAUCAUCUCCGCCUUCAAGGCCGCCCUGAAAGACGCCCUUGAAAUCAUCGACGAGAUCUCCCUUCCAGUCGAUAUCGACGAUGACGAGGCCAUGUACCAACUGAUCUCCUCGUCCAUCGGCACGAAGUUCGUUUCCAGAUGGUCAACCCUGAUGUGCAAUCUUGCACUGAAAGCUGUUCGAACUGUCACAUUUGAUGCAGGUGGUGGCAAGAAGGAGGUCGACAUCAAGCGUUAUGCAAGAGUUGAGAAGGUACCAGGUGGAGAGAUUGAGGAUAGCAGAGUUCUGGAUGGUGUUAUGGUCAACAAGGAUAUUACCCACCCGAAGAUGAGGAGAAGAAUAGAGAACCCCAGGAUUAUUCUGUUGGAUUGCACACUGGAGUACAAGAAGGGAGAAUCUCAGACGAAUAUUGAGAUUAGUAAGGAGGAGGACUGGAACAAGAUCUUGCAGAUUGAGGAGGAACAGGUCAAGCUUAUGUGCGAUUCUAUUCUUGCGCUCAAACCGGAUUUGGUCAUUACUGAGAAGGGUGUCUCUGAUCUCGCUCAACAUUACCUUUUGAAGGGCAAUGUCACUGCUCUCCGCCGUGUCCGCAAGACAGACAACAACAGAAUAGCUCGUGCUACAGGGGCAACAGUUGUCAACCGUGUGGACGAUCUCCAAGAAUCUGACGUCGGAACCCAAUGUGGUCUUUUCGAGAUUGAGAAGAUUGGUGAUGAGUACUUUACUUUCCUCACCAAGUGCGCAAACCCAAGAGCAUGCACUAUCCUCCUUAGAGGCCCUUCGAAGGAUAUCUUGAAUGAGGUUGACCGGAAUUUGGCCGAUGCGAUGGCCGUUGCCCGCAACGUCAUGUUCCACCCAAGACUCUCGCCCGGUGGUGGUGCUACGGAAAUGGCUGUUGCUGUCAGAUUAGGUCAGCUUGCGAAGAGUAUUGAGGGCGUUCAGCAAUGGCCAUACAAGGCUGUUGCUGAGGCUAUGGAAGUCAUCCCAAGAACUCUGAUCCAGAACUCCGGAGCCAGCCCCGUUAGAGUUCUCACUGCGUUGCGUGCCAAGCAUGCCGAGGGUCAAAGCACGUGGGGUAUUGAUGGUGACAAGGGAUCACUUGUUGAUAUGAAGGAGUAUGGUGUUUGGGAGCCAGAGGCUGUCAAGUUACAGAGCAUUAAGACGGCUAUUGAGUCUGCUUGCCUGCUACUGAGAGUCGAUGAUAUUUGCAGUGCUAAGGCUGCAAGACAAGCUGGAGGCGGUGGUGCUCCAGGUGGAGGAGAGGAGUAG